CCGGGAGGCCGAGCGAGAGCGCCGCGCGGGGCGCACGGAGGGCAGCCCGGCCGGAGCGCGUCGUCUUGGGCAGCGGCCCGGCGCCCGAGCCGGAAAGGUGAUGUGAAGAUGUCGUUAUUUGACGAACCUGCAAUGCACACUCUCCAGAUAGGUACAAACGGUGAGCGUUCCCUCACCCCUUCUCCAUCAAACUCUCCCAGACUUCACAAUGAAAGCUGUAGCAUUGCUCCGCUCACCCCGUCCCAGUCGCCGAGGAAUGAAACCCGGACGCAGCCACCUACUCCUUUCUCUGUGGUGGUGGCCAUUGACUUUGGCACGACGUCCAGCGGCUACGCUUUCAGCUUUGCCAAUGACCCCGAGGCCAUCCACAUGAUGAGGAAAUGGGAAGGUGGAGACCCCGGAGUAGCCAACCAGAAGACCCCCACCAGCCUACUGCUGACUCCGGAGGGUGCUUUCCACAGCUUCGGCUACACGGCCAGAGAUUACUACCACGACCUUGACCCCGAGGAGGCUCGGGACUGGCUGUACUUUGAAAAGUUUAAAAUGAAGAUCCACAGCACCAGUGAUUUGACAAUGAAAACGGAACUGGAAGCCGUCAAUGGGAAGAAGGUGCAAGCCUGGGAGGUCUUUGCUCAUGCGCUCCGCUUCUUCAAACGGCAAGCGAUGCAGGAACUUAAGGACCAGUGUCCAGCCUUGCCAGAGAAAGAUGCCAUCCGGUGGGUGAUCACGGUGCCAGCCAUCUGGAAACAGCCUGCCAAACAGUUCAUGAGAGAGGCUGCGUAUCUGGCUGGGCUGGUUCCAUCAGAGACCCCAGAGCAGCUGCUGAUCGCCCUUGAGCCAGAAGCCGCCUCUAUCUACUGCCGGAAGCUGCGGCUCAACCAGCUGAUAGACCUCAGCUACAAGCCGCAGGCCAACGGCCUCUCACCGGACCUUCCCAUUGACUCCAGCUUUAGACAAGCCCGAGAGCAGCUGAGACGUUCCCGGCACAGCAGAACCUUCCUGGUGGAGUCUGGAGUGGGCGAGCUUUGGGCCGAAAUGCAGGCAGGAGACCGCUACAUCGUGGCCGACUGUGGGGGCGGGACGGUGGAUCUGACCGUUCACCAAAUCGAGCAGCCACAGGGGACGCUGAAGGAACUCUACAAAGCAUCAGGGGGUCCAUACGGGGCCGUGGGUGUGGAUCUCGCCUUCGAGAAGCUGCUCUGCCAGAUCUUUGGCGAGGACUUCAUCGCCACCUUCAAGGCCAAGCGCCCGGCCGCUUGGGUCGACUUGACCAUCGCUUUCGAGGCCCGCAAGCGGACAGCUGCACCCCAUCGCGCCAACCCCCUCAACAUCUCGCUGCCCUUCUCCUUCAUUGACUUCUACCGAAAGCACCGAGGCCAGAAUGUGGAGACGGCCCUCAAGCGCAGCAGCGUGAACCUGGUGAAAUGGUCCUCCCAAGGGAUGCUACGCAUGUCGUCCGAGGCCAUGAACGAGCUUUUCCAGCCAACCAUCAGCCAGAUUAUUAACCACAUUGAUGACCUCAUGAAGAAACCGGAAGUCGAAGGAAUCAAGUUCCUCUUCCUGGUGGGAGGAUUUGCCGAGUCGGCCAUGCUGCAGCAUGCCGUCCAAUCAACUUUCAACGGCGUUUGCCGAGUCAUCAUCCCCCAGGAUGUGGGGCUGACCAUCCUUAAAGGGGCAGUGCUGUUUGGCCUGGACCCCACCAUUGUCCGGGUGAGGCGCUCGCCCCUGACUUACGGCGUCGGGGUGCUCAACAAGUUUGUGGAGGGCAAGCACCCCAGGGAGAAGCUCCUCGUCAAGGAAGGGAAGAAGUGGUGCACCGACAUCUUUGAGAAGUUCGUCUCGGUGGACCAGUCAGUGGCGUUGGGAGAGGUGGUGCAGAGGAGCUACUGCCCAGCCCGGGCAGGGCAACGCAAGAUCAUCAUCAACAUCUACUGCUGUGCCACCGACGACGUGGUCUACAUCACAGACCCCGGUGUGAGGAAAUGUGGCACCAUCAGCCUGGACUUGGAGGAAGUGGACGAGUCCAGCUCGCCCAAGAGGAGCCGGCGCGAGAUACGGGCGAGCAUGCAGUUUGGCGAUACGGAGAUCAAGGUGACAGCCAUGGACGUCCGGACCUCAAAGACUGUGCGGGCCUCCAUUGAUUUCCUUUCCAACUAACACCCCGGAGCCUGAAGGCCUUGGAGAGUGAAGAAGCUACACCCCCAUCCCGUCUCUCAACUGUUUGCCCCCCCCUUUCUCUAUAUUCUCCCCUCCAGCAACCAAGAGCUGAGAGUCAUGAUCACAUCGCCCUUGGGCCUGCAGCCACAGCGAGGGUGCCACGGGUAGACCAGUCACUGCACAGAUCAGUCAGCGGAAGGCAAGAUCAUGUUAACCCUCAUUACCCUUUGGACAGCUGGUUGGAUUCGUUAGAUCCCAGACAGACCAGUUUUACCCUGUCUGGACUCUUGAAAAGCGAAGGGCAGCUUGCCGGUUUGUUGGCUUGCAGCUCGAGUGCCAAAGAGGCAGGUUUUGCUGGGGCCGCCCUUCCAGCAAGCCGUCUCCAGGAGCCGCCACAGGCCAGAGUGGCAACUGGAACAGCUACAGCGGAACAGUUAACAAGGGCAGCCUCUCCAUUUUACCUACAUCUAGCGGUGCUGAAAUAUUGUAAGGGGAAAUAGCCACCUUCUUUCCCCCCCCUUUUCUCCUUCGAGGGAAGGAAGAAAUUACUUCCUGUCUGGGACACUUCUCUCCUACAGUGAACCCAGGAAUAGUCUCAAGUGCAACUGUCGGGUCCAUGAAACAAAGCAGCGAUGAGACGCGCCAGCGUGCAGUGCGCCACCAGGCUGUGGGCCUGCUUGGAGAGGUGGGCCCACCUCUGAAUGGGGCAGAGAAUGGGGCCUCCAAUGCCCAGCCCUGUCUGGCGAAAUGCAGGAGAAGCAGCGCAUGCCUUCGGGAAAGCAGCAGCCACAUUCCUCCGAGGAACCUUUGUUGGGAUGUUUGCCCAGAAGUGGGAGGAGGCAUCCCCUUGUGAUCUCUGCCCCUUGUCUACAGAGCUAGGGAGGUGUACGGGCCUCCCAGAUGGCUUGCCGCCCUGUUUCCGUCCUGCUUUGGGUGCAUUUGAGCUGUAGCCGCAGGGGAAAAAACCAUCCAGGCCCAUGAAGGGGAGGGGACACAGCUACUCCCCACCCACCCACCCUCCCUUAAGCAGCUGGGAAGAAAAGCGCCGCCUGUUCGAUCCAAGGAGUUGGAUUGCUGCUCUUGGCACUGGUGGGGGGGGGCUGCUUUGCAGCUUUUAAAAGUUUCACCGCUUGCCGUCUGUUGGGGUGCCCAGCUUUUAGGCAGUGGUGGGUGCUAGCUGUGCCUCCCAAACACGGAGUACCAAAGGGGAUCCGGUCCCAUUUGUGGAUUUCUCUUAGAUAAGAUGGGCUUGUCAUCUGCUCUGGUGGCAGACUUGCUUAAGGGCGGGGGGCGCUUUCCGGUUUGGGGACUGUUGAGGAAUCUAUCCAGCAGAGGUUGCCUGUUACCAAUUUCCCCCCUCCCCAAUCCCAGGAAAACACAGCCCUUGGAUCUUCUUCCUACCCUGCACAUGGUGCUGUUGGAAGCAUUAAUAGCUCAUGGGCCUUGCUCAUCUGCAGUGUAUAUGGUGGAAGGGGGGACGCUCACUUUUCUGGAAACCCCAAAUUUUAUUUAUCUGUAUUGUGUAUUAAGCCCUCCAUCCUCUUUGCAUGUCGACACUCUGAAUGCCUUGCGGCUUGAGUGGUAGCGGUAGGUAGAGGGAGUCCCCUGUGCAAGCACCGAGUCAUUACUGACCUAUGGGGAGACGUCGUAUCACAACGUUUUCUUGGCAGACUUUUGUUACAGGGUGGUUUGCCACUGCCUUCCUCUGUCAUCUACACUUUACCCCCAGGAAACUGGGUACUCAUUUUACCGACCUCGGAAGGAUGGAAGGCUGAGUCAACCUUGAGCCGGCUACCUGAACCCGGCUUCCGCCAGGAUCGAACUCAGGUCGUGAGCAGAGCUUGGGCUGCAGUACUGCCGCUUACCACUCUGCGCCACGGGGCUCCUCACUGCUUGAGUGAGCCUGUGGCAUUUCAACCAGGGAGGAUGCAAGAGAAAAAUGAGCCCAACGGCUAGACUGGCUACCACAGGAGCUCUGGCCUUGAGCCGCCUAGCAGGUAGCACGUCAGGGAAGCGUCCUUCUGAGUGUGUGUGACUGGCCCAAGGCUACCAAGCAUGUUUCCACGGUAGAGCGGGGGAUUCAAACCUGGGUCUUCCAGCUCCUAAUCCAACCCUCUAACCUCUACACCACACUGGCUAGGUAAGCGGUUUGGGAAGUGAUGGCCCCAAAGCACGGGCUUCCUGUCUCCAGAUGUUGGGGGGAAACCACAGGGGAGGCAGAGGGGGCUUUUAGGCUCUGCUUGGAAGCUGACUGCUGGAAACGGACUUUUCCCCAAAGGAGGCAGAGCGGGAUCCAAAGCGUUUUCCUUCUCUGGCCGUAGAGGCUCCAUCAUCGUGCAGCUUAAAACCUCCCCAAAGGAGUUUCCUGCCUGAAAAAAGUAUAAACUUUAAGAACGGUUUGCAAUCUGGCCCCUCUUCCUACCCAUAGAUGGAUCUUGGCAAGCCCCAAACGUGGGCGCAGGGGAGCCAUCGAAGUGGGCAUCCUUUUCCAAGCAAAGUUCUUUUGCCUUUUUCCUUGUUGAAAAAGAAAUCAACCACACGCUUUUUUU